AUGGAUAACCAAAUCAGACGGUACACGAGAACUAAAAAAUAUGAAGUGACUGUUGCUUAUCGUGAUAGACUUAGAGAUGUUUUAUUAGAAAAUGUUCCAGUUCAAUGGGGUAAAAAGCUUGUUAAAUAUAAAGAAACUGACGAAGGUGUUUGGAUAAAUUUCGAUGAUGGUUCACGAGAAUUUUGUGACAUUUUAGUUGAUGCAAGUGGAGUUAAUUCCCCAGUUCGAAAACAAAAAAUACCAGAAUUACAAAUUAAUGAUAUUGGAGCAACUUUUGUUGUUGCAAAUGUUAUCGUACCUACUAAGCAUCUAAUAGACAGGCUAAUUAAAGUCAAUGGAAAUAGUUUAAUUCAAAAAACACUUUGA